UUCUGUCAAUUGGACAAAAGAUGAGCAGGCCAGGAGAUUGGAACUGCAGGUCAUGCCAGCACCUCAACUUCCAGAGGCGCGACUCGUGCCAGCGAUGUGGAGAUGUCAAGUCUGGAGGAGGAGGAGGAGGAGGACUUGACUUUGGGGCUUUCAAUGGCGGAAGGCUCGGAGGAGGAGGGUCUUCAUUUGGGUUCGGUAGCGCAACCACUGGCUCCGAUGUGAGGCCUGGUGACUGGUACUGCGCUGCCGGCAACUGUGGCGCCCACAACUUCGCCAGCCGCUCUAGCUGCUUCAAGUGUGGUGCUUUCAAGGAUGAGUUUCUUGCUACUGGAGGCGGCGGCUUUGACUCUGAAAUGCCUCGCUCCAGGGGAGGUUUCGGGUUGGGAAAUGGCGGCGCCGGCGCUGGUGGUGGUGGGCGGCCUGGAUGGAAAUCUGGAGAUUGGAUUUGUACUAGGUUCGGAUGCAACGAGCAUAACUUUGCUAGCAGAAUGGAAUGUUUCAGAUGCAAUGCCCCAAGAGACACAUACUAG